AUGCAUAUGUGCUUGAUACGAUUAGAUCAAGUCAAUCGUAAGCCAGAACAGAUGCCAUAUUACACACCGCUUGAUCCAGUUCGGUUUCUACUGCGAAGCGCCAUGAUAUACCGGGACAAGACUGCCGUUAUACACGGCGAUCGGUCGUUCAGCUAUGAAACUUUAGCAGACCGAGUGCUACGACUUGCCAACCUCCUUAUUCAUGCAUUCCACGUACGCCCUGGGGACAGAGUAGCGGUAUUGUGCCAAAAUGUACCCGCAUUUUUGGAGGCCACUUUUGCUAUUCCAGCUGCAGGUGGCGUACUAGUCCCCAUCAAUACUCGAUUGGCUCCACCGGAAAUUGAAUACGUGGUGCAGGACUCUGGAGCAUCGAUACUGCUUGUACAGGACGAGAUUUUACCGCGUGUAUCCACCACGGUUAGGGCUUCCACCAAGCUAAUCCAUAUCGCUGACUAUCAGAACCGUGGCGACCCGCUUUGCCCGUACGAACGGCUCUUGCAAGAAACAGAAACCAAGCUCAUGUGGAAAGACUUGCCGCUGACAACGGAUGAAAAUGCAAUAAUGACGAUAAACUAUACUUCGGGCUCAACAGGCAAACCAAAGGGCGCGAUGAUCUCGUACCGUAGCAUUUAUAUGCUAGCAAUGACCAUGUGUAUACAAGCUCAGAUCACACAUAGCUCUAAAUAUCUGUGGACACUUCCGUUAUUUCAUUGCAACGGGUGGGAUUUUCCUUUUGCCUUGAUGGCUGUAGGAGCCACACAAUAUAUGCUUAACAAGAUCGAUUAUGGAUACGUAUGGAAGCUAAUCAAGGAACAAGGAAUCACACACUAUUGCGCUGCACCAACAGUACAAAACGAACUGUGUCAUCAUAAGGAUGCUGUCCGACUCAAUCAUGUUGUCCACAGCUUUAGCGGCGGCUCGACGCUUCCAAACAAACUGGUCCGGAGACUCAACAGUCUGAAUGUUCAUGUGACCCAAGUGUAUGGACUAACUGAAGUGACGGGACCGGCGAUCCUCAGUUAUGACGAUGGAGCACUUUCACAACACCCAAAGGAAAAGCAUCUCGAUUUGUUUUCGCGUCAAGGCUACAAUAUUCUUUCCCUGGAUCAAGUGCGUGUGCUGGAUCAGAAAACGGCCAAGGAUAUAAAACCGGAUGGUAUGCAAAUCGGCGAGCUGUGUUUGGUGGGAAACACAACCAUGCGAGGCUACUUUAACAAUCCGGAAGCGACCAAAAAGGCCUUUAGAGAGGGAUACUUUUGGACAGGCGACUUGGCUGUGAUUUAUCCGGAUGGUGCAAUAGAAAUCGUCGACCGUGCUAAAGACGUAAUUAUCUCUGGUGGCGAGAACAUUAGCUCGAUUGAGUUAGAAAAUGUGAUUGGAUCAUUGGAAAAAGUGCUAGAAUGUGCCGUCGUAGCUGGACCAGAUGAUAAAUGGGGUGAGCGGCCGGUUGCUUAUGUCGUUGUCAAAGAAGGCCACACUAUCACUGUGGAAGAGAUCAUUGCGCACUGUCGCGAGAGACUGGCUGGCUACAAAUGCCCCUCAAAGGUCAUGCUUGUUAAAAGUAUUCCAAAAUCAGGAACUGGUAAACUGCAGAAGAAUUUGCUACGUGAUGAACUUUGGAAGUCGCAUAAGAGACGCAUCAACUGAAACCUCUAGUGAUAUUAGUUUUGUACAUUCAAAGAAUAAGAGCAUUUUACCACUGUUAUUGUGCUGUAAUUAACCAUUUUCAUGGCUUCUUGCAGUAAUGCUGCAUGAUAUGCAAUUGAUGAGAUCCAUAGCAGCAGAGAGAGGUAUCACACUACUUGAUGUGUUCCCAUAUCACAAAACUGUAAAAACAUACAAAACUAAAAUGCUCUGAUGAUAAUCGAUCAUUAAUGACAGCUGUAAAGUGAAACACAUAUUCGAUAAUCUUUUCACUCGAUCUGUGCGCUGCUACACAUGUUUGCGUUAGCUGUUGUAUGCAUAUUGUUGUGUGACACAGUAAUGGUUAUGGGGUUGGUCCAUCUUGAGGUGCGUGCAUUUCAAUUUGCAAACGCACGUAACCUCUAAUUAUGAAUCUUUCGAAAUCA